AUGGCGCAUCCAUACUCUUCCACCUCGCUGUACCCUGGCACGCCGUCAUACGCGCCUCAGCAGUCAUACUACCCAGCUUUUCCAUCUAAUGGACUGCAGCAGACGAUAAAUACUCCUCCAGGCAUUCCUCAGCAGCUGCCACAACCGCAGGGCCAGAUCCAGUCGCACUCUUCCUACCAACCACAACCAUCACCUGUCACAAAUGGCCCACGAUUCGAUGCCAAUUCGCAGAUUCGUCCUCCUGCGCCUCCUUUUCAUCCGUUUCCCCCUCCUACUACUACCUUCAAUUCCGAUUUCUUCAAGCAAUUUGCCAGUGCGGGUUUCCCGCCUCCACCCCCUCCAAACUUUCCUCCAGUGCCAAUUCCAGGUGCUGCGUAUCCGCAGCUACCUGGUUCCGUGAAUACCUCCACUUCCUCGCCCUAUCCUCAACAUGUUGCGGCUGGAGCGCCAGGAUUUAGCACAAGUAUUGGUGGAAAUGAACAAACUCGCCAGAGUGCAGGGGAUCAAUACAUCGGUGGCCAUACGGGUUCAAGAGGUGGGCUGGAUGCGCAGUCAGACCUCCAGUUGUAUGGCCCAGCAAUGACUAUCCAGAAUGCAAUCUCACACCAGGCACACCCACUUCCCAAAGGGAAAGAUUCCGACAAAGAACAGACACUUCCAUCUUUUGGCUCUAGAUCAGAUAUCGAUAUGUUGUUCGCAAAUGCUCAAAACCAGGCUAUGAUCGUUCCGCAACCGAAAGAUACGAAUAGCACCACUGAGCCUGAGCUGGCUGCAGAUGGGAAUGUCUCGCCGUAUGAUCCAACUCGUCCCGCGGCGAUUACUGAUCGAGCAUCAGGUGGCUUUGGGUCCUCUAACAAACCCUCCAAAAGCGCCAGUCUGAGGCCGGUCGAGAGAACUUACGAUAAUAAGUCCCUUAUUGAGCUGCGACAGCUUGCAAAGGGUGCUGUUCUAUCCCUUGUCCCUCACAGAAUACUCUAUGCAGAUCUGGUAAAGGAAGGUGUCAAUCCACAAAUCUUACACGAAUUGUAUGAAGAACUCGGCCUCAGAACGGAAGCUAGUCAAUCACAAGCUCGCGAGGAAUUCCGCAGUAAGCAACCUCUUCCUGUUGAUGGCAAUGAAUCAUCGACAGCCUUGCAACAGCCGAAGACGGGAUCGCAGAAUGCUACACCCCUGGUCACCACGGCGCAAGCAGGGGGCGUCAGUGAGACCACAGCACCACCAGCCGCUCCUGAUCUCAAGAAUCAACAGGCGGGGCUUAGUCCCAGCUUGGAGCGGAAAGAUCGCAUUGCACAGCUGCUCGCUGCAAAGACGGGUCGUCCGACAUCUAACCCUGCAUCAGCUACCCCGACCCAACAUGAGGCAUCUAAAAUGACGGCUCCAACGACAGCACUUGUGGAAUCGACCGGCACAGCCAUGCCUUCUUCCAAUCCACAGAACUUCCCGGCGCAGCUACCACAACCUGUCGCGGCCACUCAAGGGACAAGCGGGACGAAACCAAAGGCUCAGACUGAGCUGGUUAAACAGAAAAUGGAACAGCUGAGACGCGAAGCGCAGGCAAAGACAGGAGGUACUGCAUCGGAAGUUCCUACAGCAGAGUCUGCGGCUCUGGUUCGCGACAUGGCUAGCGACGCUUCAAGAGUAAUUCCUCUGGCUGAAAAUGUGCCUCCAUCCUCAGCAACCAGAGUUACCCACUUCGAGAGCCAGGCCCCUGUGCCAUCCCUGAUCCCGGGAUUGUUCAUGAGCUCCACCGAACCAUCUACCUUGGAUGAAGCUACAAGAUCAGUGACAGAGGUUCCAAUGAGCUCCACAGCAGACGUUAGACAAUCGAACGCUGUCUCUGAGAACGAAACCUCUGUUGGUAUGCCAGAUCUUCAAUCGUCUCCCUCUAUCCCGACGAAACGCCCCUCCGACUCUGAUCCCACGACAAUGGGCAUCCCACUCCCCAAGAAGCCGAAUCUACAACAAAAUCUUCUGUAUACUCCUUCUUUGCCCCUUCCAGAUAGUGACGCCGACUACCAGUCGGAGGGGGAGAUUGUCGAAGAGCCUGGGAGCGAUGCUAUGGCGAUGGGAUCAGAUUCAGAGCAAGAUAGCCAGGAGUUUGCGCCAGCUGAUCUCCGUCCGAACGCCACCACCUCAAUCUUCCAUAAGCCAAAGCCCGUCAAUCAAUCUUCGACAAAGGCGUCGCAAACAGCCUCAACAAAUGAAUCAGGCAAGGACGAGUUGUAUCGUGCCAAACAGACAGAAAUUGAAGCUAUGCGGCGGAAGAUUGCUGAACUGGAGCAGCGGAACAAGCUGAAACGCACCAGAAGUCAAGUCGAAUCCCCGUCAUCAUCAAACCCUCCGACCCCCGCGAUUGCCAGAGAGGAUCAACAAUUGGCCAGUUCACCUGUUCCGCAAACCAUUGACCUGCCUGGUAUAUCCCGGCUUCCGCCGCAGCGGCAGCAUUCAGGUCCUUCCGUGAUCUCCAAGCUAACUCCAGCACAGCUUCAGGAGAGAGAGGCAGUGUUGAAACAAGCUCUCCUCAGACAGCGUGCUCAACGACAACAAGUGUUACAAGAAGGCUUGCCUGAUUUGAAUGCGAAAGUCAAAAAGACCGAGACACGACUGGAGGAUUCCCGCAGAGAGCUGGUGCAAGUUCGUGCUCAAAUACAAAAGAUGCGCAUGGAACUGGGUCGAUUAGUGGCACAGGAGAAGAGACUGGUUGAGGAAGAAUCCCAGUUCGAGGAACAAUUACAAGAGGGCCGGUCGGGUCAGAAACGAUAUUCGGAUGAGCUGCAGCAGAUCAGGCUUGAAAAGCUUGCCGAAGCUCAAGCAGCCCCGGCGGAAGAGGAGUUGGUUGUUUCCAACCCAUCGCCCCCGGCGGUUGGCACGAUCUCUGAGUUACAGCCAGACUUGAGUAAUGGCCAUCUUGAUGCUCAAGAUGAAAAUCCGCAGACGCAGCAGGGUUCGCUCAGCAUGCCUGUGAAUGCUGUUGUGGUGAAUGAGAGCGCUGACGACCAGGGUGAUGCUAACAUGACCGGCGAAGAUGUACACGAGUCUCUCUCGCUAGAUCUAUACAACGCUCCGGAUACUUUUCAGGGAGAGCCUGAGCGUGUCGAGCAACUUCAAGCUGAUGAGAUGGAGAUAUCGCCCGAACCAGAAGACUAUGUUGAAACGCAUGAGCACUUACCAGAAAACAUGGAGGAGACGCAAACAUCCGACGAGGACAUGGAUGUGGACAACGAUAGUGAUGGAAGUGCGAGCAUGUCUGGUUCGGACGAAGAGGAGUAUGAGCCUGCAGACGUCGAUACUUCACAGCCUAUGCAGCAUUCCGAGGACGAGUCUGAGGAAUAUGACCCUGAGACAGCGCCGGUGGACAGCGUCACGCCGACGACUGUUCCGGAAGACGGGGCUCAAGACUUCCAUGAGACUUCAGAGAAUGCCGCUGUGAGCAGGCCCGACACAGCGAUUGGGACUCCAGUCGAUGGAGCACAAGAUAUCUCGGGCGCCACGGAGUCUGACACCCCUUACAUUGAGACAGACACUAACGCCAAUGGAGUUGAUGCUGUGUCGGAAGUCCCAGCCAACACCAAGGAUGAUCUCGAAUCCGGUGAUCAGUUGACUGGUGCUGAUACACUGGUUCGACCACCCCCAGGGUCAAAUCAAAACCACGAUGCUACUCCGCUCCUGGGCGGUACAUGCCCACCACCCACGCAUUAUAUACCGUACAAGACACCACUUAGUGCCUUCAAAACCUACCGCUUCCACUCGGACUACCCGGAUACCGUCAAAAGUGGCUAUCGUUCGUUGACGUACAGCAACAACAUCGACCCCUCCCGUCCCCUUUGCCCCACGGAGCUAUCUGGUACCCCUUGUACCGACCCUGAAUGCGAAGAGCAGCAUUUUACUCAGCUUGGGCUUCCUGAUGAGAAGAUUCUCGUCCAAAUGAGUUCAGCGAGCGACAUCAAAGACAAACCCACACGGGACGAAUUCCAUGCUGGGUUGAAGCAGGUGAUUGCGGGAUUGAGGGCUAAUGAGGUGAAGGAUUUCGAAAAAGUGGCCGAUGCUCUUUCUGUGUAUCGCCGGAAAUUCUUUGCAGAGAGAGAGGAGAGAGAGAGACAAGAGGACGAGGACAGCCAGCCGCAAGCAGACCAAAAAGAUCCAGAGCACCAAGAGCAAGAGGUUCUGGGCUCUUAG